UGCAGAUGCAUAUUUAGGAUUUUCAAGGCAAACAACCCAGUUAUUCAUCAAUGACAAAUGAUUCUUUGUCAACUUGGAAAGGAGUUAACAGGUUGAACCAGUGAUCUAGUAGUCUGACCGGUUCAAUCACCGGUUCGGUUCGGUUCUGACAACUAUGCACACAAACACCAUCUUCUGAAUCAUUCAUCCAAUGCUGAUGAGUUCCACCGUGAAGCAAACCCAGCAGCUAUCCCCAAAUCACGGCCUCUUCUCUCUCCGUGGCGCACUUCUCACCCUCGCCAUUCUCACCCUUCUCUCCUUCACAUUUCUCUCCCUCAAGUACUCCACCCCUUCCCCUCAGGUACCAAUCACCAAAUUUUCUUUUUCUUUUUUUUUUCAGCUGAAAAAAAUUGAAAAAAAAAUUAAUUUUUGGGUCUCGAAGAUCUCUGUAGCAAAGCUUGUGGAUCCUGAAGUGAAGGAACACAAUGAUGAGGAAGAAGGAGGAGAAGAGUUGUCUGAUAUAUACCACUCACCACGAGUUUUCAAGCUGAAUUACGCGGAGAUGAUGGAGAAGUUCAAGGUUUAUAUAUAUCCUGAUGGAGAUCCCAAGACAUUUUAUCAAACACCUAGGAAGCUCACUGGGAAAUAUGCCAGUGAGGGAUAUUUCUUCCAGAACAUUCGGGAGAGCAGGUUCCGAACCCUCGAUCCGGAUCAGGCGCACCUCUUCUUCAUACCAAUCUCCUGUCAUAAGAUGCGUGGCAAGGGCACAUCUUAUGAUAAUAUGACAAUAAUUGUCCAAAAUUACGUGGAGGGCUUAAUAGCCAAAUAUCCUUAUUGGAACAGAACCUUGGGUGCUGAUCACUUCUUUGUCACUUGUCAUGAUGUUGGUGUAAGGGCAACAGAAGGGCUUCCAUUUCUUAUCAAGAAUACCAUUCGAGCAGUGUGCUCCCCUAGCUAUGAUGUUGGAUUCAUUCCACACAAAGAUGUUGCUCUCCCUCAAGUACUACAGCCCUUUGCUCUUCCAGCUGGAGGGAAUGAUAUAGAGAACAGGACUAAUCUUGGAUUUUGGGCUGGUCAUCGUAACUCUAAGAUUAGAGUUAUUCUUGCACGAGUAUGGGAAAAUGACACUGAACUUGACAUUUCUAACAAUAGAAUUAGUAGGGCUACUGGACAUCUGGUAUAUCAGAAGAGAUUUUACAAGACCAAGUUUUGUAUAUGCCCUGGUGGUUCACAGGUUAAUAGUGCUCGAAUAGCCGACUCUAUCCAUUAUGGAUGCAUCCCUGUGAUAUUAUCAAAUUACUAUGACCUCCCUUUUAAUGACAUUGUUGACUGGAGAAAAUUUGCUGUUGUACUCAAGGAGAGUGAUGUAUACCAACUAAAACAGAUCCUCAAAAAUAUAUCACAUGCUGAGUUUGUAUCACUUCAUAAUAAUUUAGUCAAGAUUCAGAAACACUUCCAAUGGAAUACACCACCUAUAUCAUAUGAUGCAUUUCAUAUGGUAAUGUACGACCUCUGGCUGCGCCAUUACACGAUCAAAUACUGAUGAUAUGAAGACUCAUUUGUUUUGUAUGCAUCAAACAGUUUUAGCAACCCCAAAGAGAAAUACUUUAAAUAUUCAGUUUAAAAUUGUUAUAUAACAGCUGGUUUUCCAAUACUCUUGCACCCUUAACAAUUCUUUAUUUAUUCAUUUGCCGUGAGAAUCUUGCUUGCGAUGAAAAUAGUGCUAGGCCGUGACUGUUAAUCAUUCUGCUGUAUUACAUACCCUAACUUAAUCUAUGUUGAGUUGUGUUUUUUCCACA